CGGCCCCUCCCGUCUCCAUGGCGGUGCCUUAAACAGGCGGCGGCGGCCGCCCCCCUCCCCCCCCCGCCUCAGAGCGCGGCGCCGGGAGUCCCAUGGCCGGGAGCACUGAGAUGGCGUCCUUGGAAGAGAGCUUUCGCAAAUUCGCUAUCUAUGGCGACACCAAGGCUACGGGGCAAGAAAUGAAUGGGAAGAACUGGGCCAAGCUGUGCAAAGACUGCAAAGUCACUGAUGGCAAAAGCAUCACUAGCACCGAUGUGGACAUUGUUUUCUCCAAGGUGAAAGGGAAGACAGCCCGUGUCAUCAACUAUGAGGAGUUCAAGAAGGCACUGGAGGAGCUGGCCCCCAAGAGAUUUAAGGACAAGAGCAAAGAGGAGGCAUAUGAAGCCAUCUGCCAGCUGGUGGCAGGGAAGGAGCCCAUUAAUGUGGGCGUCACAAAAGCCAAGACAGUGGGGGCUGUGGAGAGGCUGACAGACACCUCCAAGUACACGGGCUCCCACAAGGAGCGCUUUGAUGAGAGUGGCAAAGGGAAGGGCAAGAGCGGGCGGGAGAACAUCGUGGACACCAGUGGCUACGUCAGUGCAUACAAGAACGCGGGCACCUACGACGCCAAAGUGAAAAAGUAGGGAUGGGUGCUUGUGGCACCCACCGCCCCGGUCCCUGCAUGUCAGCCGUGGGGCCGGCACUCACAUCAGCCUUGGGACAUGCUCGUGUGACGUGGGGCCUGGAAGGCUUUGCUGGAGCCAGCCCCAGGCCGGCGGGAUGUCAGCUGCCCGGCACUGAUGUGAUUGGGAAGUUGCCGGGCUGCGUGCUCCACUCCAGCAUUCUGUCUGACCCCCUCACUGUGCUGUGAUGCGACACCCCCCUCCCGCCUCUCCUGUUCCCCCUGUGCUGUCACCCCUAGCCCCCCGCCACUGGCAGCAUCCACUGUACUAACAGCACUGCACCUCAGGGCUCCCCUGCCCUGCUGGCACCCAAACCUUCCCUACCUCAGCCCUGGCUUUCAGGGCACCCUUCCCACCAGUCCCACUGGAGACUACAGCCUGCCUUCCCUGCAGACCUCCCGAGGACCUGCCUUAACCCUGCACCAGUUAUACCACAGCCACCACCUCCCUUCCCCACUGGUGCCCUCGCCUGUGCAGUGCCCUCGCCAUAGGACUGCCCAGCUUUGCUGCUUGCCUGGCAUUGCAGAAGGCUCAGACCCUGUGGUGCCAUUAGUGCUGGUGCUGCCAUGAUGCUCCCAGUCCGGCCCUGGGAUGCACCCCGGGAGAGCUUGGUGUUGCCUGGGUGUUGGCAAAGGUCUCUGACCUAAACCUCCAUGACCUCCCGCUGCCUUUGUGAAAGCCCAAACCAAAGGAUGCUGCAGACCCGCACUGUAACCUGGCUCUGCAAUAAAACCCCGU